GGGGCCGAUCCCGCCGGGUUUCCGGGAGUGGGGCGGCAUGGAGCCAUCGCUGGCGGAGGGGGGCGGCCGCUUCCGCGCCAGCGAGCACCAGCACGUUCGGUACAACCCGCUGCGGGACGACUGGGUGCUGGUAUCGGCCCACCGGGUGAAGCGUCCUUGGCAGGGUCAGCUUGAGAAGCCACCCCCUGAGGAUGUGCCCCGCUGGGACCCCAAGAACCCCCUCUGUCCCGGGGCCACCCGGGCCAACGGCGAGGUGAACCCAAAGUACGAGGGUACUUUCGUCUUUCCAAAUGACUUCCCUGCACUGCAGCCUGAUGCUCCAGAACCUGAUGACAGUGAUCACCCCUUGUUUCGAGCUGCCCCAGCCCGGGGUGUGUGCAAGGUGAUGUGUUUCCACCCCUGGUCAGACCUGACGCUGCCUCUCAUGUCCCUGCCAGAGAUCCGGGCUGUCGUCGAUGCAUGGACAGAGCUGGCGACUGAACUGGGUGCUUCCUACCCCUGGGUGCAGAUCUUUGAGAACAAGGGAGCGAUGAUGGGCUGCUCCAACCCGCACCCCCACUGCCAGGUGUGGGCCAGCAGCUUCCUCCCGAACGAGGCGCGCCUGGAGGACCGGACCCAGCGCCAGCACCUGAGCCAGCACGGCGUGCCCAUGCUGCUGGAGUACGCUGAGCAGGAGGCUCGCCGAAAGGAGCGGCUGGUGGUGGAGAAUGCAGACUGGCUGGUUGUGGUGCCAUACUGGGCUACCUGGCCCUACCAGACCCUGCUGCUGCCCCGCCGCCACGUCUGUCGCCUCCAGGACCUCAGUGACAGUGAGAAGGACAGCCUGGCCUCCAUCAUGCAGAGGCUGCUCAUCAAGUACGACAACCUCUUUGAAGUCUCCUUCCCCUACUCCAUGGGCUGGCACGGAGCCCCCACAGGCCCCUACCUGGAGGAGGAGUGCAGGCACUGGCAGCUCCAUGCCCACUACUAUCCCCCACUGCUGCGCUCCGCCACCGUCCGCAAGUUCAUGGUGGGAUACGAGAUGCUGGCGCAGGCACAGAGGGACCUCACCCCAGAGCAGGCAGCCGAGCGCCUGAGGAGCCUCCCUGAGGUACACUACAAGAAGAGGACCGAGGAGGUGUGAUGGGGAGCAGCACAGCAUCCAGACCUCGGAUGUGGUGUUCCUUGUCUCUUUCGCCAUCCCAGGCACUGUCUUCUGCCCCCAUGGCAUGCUCCUACCACCACUAAAGGGCUUACCCUCCUUACCAGUCCAGUCUCACUGGUGGGACUGGGAGUUCUUCUGCCCCGUGGAGGGGCACAACCCCCCUGGACAAUAAA